UGCUUUUCCCUUCGAUCUUUUGGCCUUCUCUCGGCCGCUCUGGGCCAAAAGCUGUGAGCAGCGUUUCCGCGGGCCGACAUACUGUUUCAAUCCGACCACCAGAGACCAAGAAUGGUAUUGGUAGAGGAACCAGGGUGGAGAGGGGGGAGCGUAGCUAGGCGCAUGAUAGGCCCUGCCUGGCGGAUACCAGUGGCCUUAGCCUUAGCCACGUUCAAUACGGAGGCUAAAUAUAUAUAUUUAUCUUCCUUCCACUGCCAACAGAUUUUACAUAAAUAACCACUCCUACAGCCCGUCAACAACAGUUCUGUAGAUCAGAAUUCAUAUCCACUCCUUUUUGAGGAUAACAAGUUAUCCAACCUCCUUCCAACCACCCAUCGACCGUCGGGGGUUCAAACGGGGGAUUUCAUCUCAUUUGCGUUGACGCAAUUCAAAAAGUUGGGAGAGUCUUUCGCACCGGAAAUACAUACAUACGCACACAAAAUGAAGUACAGCACAGUGUUGGUGGCCGCGCUUGCUGCCAUAGCAGAUGCUACUAUCCCCAUUCCUAAGGGCGGAGUUCCUGGCCAACCCAUCCAGGAGAGCGGAAAGGGAGCUGUCUUUUCUGGUAUGAUAUUCCAGCCUUCACUUACCCUACCAACGUUGCAGAAGGUCAUUUUGCUGAUUUCGAAUGUCAGGUGGUACCAACAAUCAGCUUGACCUCCAGAAUCCAAGCAAUAUCGGCGGUCAGCCAGCAACUGACAAUGGCCUUGUUCCCAACAUGAAAUGGAGUUUCUCCCUAUCCAAGACAACGGAUUGGUGGGAUGGCGGUUGGAUCCGUGAGCAGGUCAUCCAGGAUUCUACACCAGUCAUGACAUCGCCGGUGCCCAAGUCCAUUUGAUUAAAGGCGGUAUCCGACAGAUGCACUGGCACAGAGUUGCUGAAUGGGCCUACAUCUACGCUGGUUCAUUCCUAAUAUCUGCCGUCACUGAGGAUGGCCAGUUCCAGCUCGACAAGCUCGGAGUUGGUGAUAUGUACUACUUCCCCAAGGGAGCUGCUCACUCUCUCCAGGGACUCGAGGACGAGAACGAGAUCUUGCUGAUCUUCGAUGACGGUGACUUCGACCGUGUCGGAACCACCUUCAUGGUUGCCGACUGGAUUUCACACACACCAAAGGACGUUCUGGCCAAGAACUUCGGUGUCCCACCGAGUACCUUCGACAAGACCUACAACCCCGACCUCGCCCUCAUCAACUCUACCAUUAGCACCAAAACUGUCGAAGGUGGCAAGGGCGCUCUCACUGGCAACAGCUCCUACACCUUCCAUAUCUCCAAUGCUCCAGAAAUCCAGGUUCCCGGUGGUGGUGGUACCAUCCAAAUUGUUGACUCGAAGAACUUCCCUGUCUCCAAGACCAUUGCUUGUGCCGUUGUCCGCCUAAAGCCUGGUGGCAUGCGCGAGCUUCACUGGCACCCAACUGCUGAGGAGUGGCUCUACUUCCACAGCGGAAACGCCCGUGCUACUGUCUACAUCGGUGGUGGUCUUGCCCGAACCUUCGACUUCACCGCUGGUGAUGCCGGUGUUUUCCCAGACAACUCUGGCCACUAUAUUGAGAACACCUCUAAGACCGAGGAGCUUAUCUACCUUGAACUAUACAAGGCCGACCGUGUCGCUGACGUCUCCCUCAGCCAAUGGCUCGCCCUUACUCCUUCAGACAUCGCUGCUGCCGCCAUCAAUGUACCAAUCGAGGUCAUUGAGCAGAUCAAGAAGGACAAGCAGUACAUCGUCUCCUAAACGUGACACACGCGGAGGUGCAGGCACCUCAGACUACCCUCUGAGAACAAACACCUUCAUUUUUACUUCCCUGUAAUUUUUUUUUAUCAACCCUUUCUCUCAUACCCGCCACCUGUCCGGCCUGGAUACACUAAUGACUACACUCUCACCCCUCGAUGGUUUUCUUUUCUCUGACAUAUCUUGCCUGCACAUAAGCUGUUUUGUCUGCUGCUGGUACAACCUCUUUCCCUUUUCCUCUGCCUAUAUAUAUCCUUUCUGUUCAUAUUACGUCUAUUAGAUCUGCACAUAGCCGACCGCUUGUCUUCUCGUCUAUAUGUCUCUGAGCAACUUGCAUACGCUCUCCAUCUCCCUACCUUUCUUUAUCCUUUUUAUUUUUUUAGAACCAAAACGAGAAAAAAUACUCAAAAAUACUCAAAAAAAUGAACGUUCCAAGUAUUCAGCACAUAGAAUCAAAUUACCAUGUCUUACCAUUCGAGAGAAAAAGGCAAUCUUGCCUUUCAACGGCGCAUACAAAGCAAACCAUGGGUACACACCCCUUUUCAGCUCCCAAAGGCACCU